GGAGAGGAAGUCAGCUGCAGCUCGCCGGGCAGUUGUGUCAGUCUGCGCUGUCGGCUGCUGUAACACUCAUAAACACUUACUGCCGCAGUAAAAUUCUGUCGGCGGCCUUUACAUUCAGCUUUAUGUUCGACCUAGUUAUUGUGUUUUUUACAAGUGAACUCCAUGGCUGCGACGGGACCCCGCGACUCCUCAGAACGAAAAGGCCUGUCCCGCUCAGUGAGUAGCUACGGCUCCACGCAAAGUAGUGACGAGCAUGGCCAUCACAUUCACAGUCAUGGCAACAGCCAUACCAACCACCAGUUCCCCACAGAUGGCCCAGCUCACUGGGCCGGAGAUGAUCAGGGAGAUGAGGCCCUUCGCAGGAAGCUGAAAUACUUCUUCAUGAGUCCUUGUGAUAAAUUUUAUGCCAAGGGCCGCAAGCCCUUUAAGCUGGGCCUGCAGCUGCUCAAGAUCAUCAUAGUCACCGCUCAGUUGGUGCUGUUUGGCCUCAGUAACCAGGUGGUGGUGACCUUCAAAGAGGAGAACACGAUGACCUUCAAGCACCUCUUCCUCAAAGACUACGACGAGUCCUCGGACGACUCCUUUGCUGUUUACACGCAGAGCGACGUCUAUGACCACAUCUUCUACGUCGUGGAGCAGUAUUUGGCCCUACCAGAGACCACAGUGGGACGCUAUGCAUACGUCUACGAUGUUGGUGUGAAUGGCAGCGCUCUCUCCCUGUGCCAACAGUUCUACAAGAAGGGACGCAUCGACCCAGCCAACGAUACCUUCACUAUAGACCCUCACAUCCUCACAACCUGUGUAGGUGUGAACCCUCUGUCGGUUCCUCCAUCUCAGCUCAGUGGCAGCUACAAGAACUUUACACUCAAGUUCCACAAGCUCAUUAAUGUCACCAUAGCGUUCCAGUUGAAGGCAAUCAAUAUACAGACCAUCAUCAAUAACGAGAUCCCGGACUGCUACACCUUUUUCAUUACGAUUGUUCUGGACAACAAGGCUAACAGCGGCAAGGUGAAGAUCCGGUUAGAAAACCAGGCGUCAAUAAAGGAGUGUAAAGACCCGAGUGUCUCCGGACAAGCUGAAAACUACUCGCGUGUUGCUUUCGACAUCAUCGUGGCUCUGGUUUGCAUGGUGUCACUGCUGCUCUGUGGACGCUCCAUAAUGCGAGGCAUCAUCCUGCAACAGGAGUUUGUGCAGUUCUUCAAGGAAACUCUGGAUCGUAAAGUGUGCUGGGCAGACCGGCUGGAGUUCAUCAACGGCUGGUACAUCCUCCUUAUCGUCAGCGAUAUCCUCACCAUUACUGGGAGUUUCAUCAAAAUCGGCAUUGAAUCUAAGAACAUGUCCGCCUAUGACCUCUGUGGCAUCUUGUUGGGGACCUCCACACUCCUGGUGUGGGUGGGAGUCAUUCGCUACCUCACAUUCUUCCAGAAAUACAAUAUUCUGAUCAUCACGCUCCGAGUAGCGCUCCCCAAUGUGAUUCGCUUCUGCCUCUGUGUGGCCGUCAUUUAUCUGGGCUACUGCUUCUGUGGCUGGAUCGUCUUGGGACCGUACCAUGUCAAGUUCCGCUCCCUGUCCAUGGUGUCUGAGUGCCUGUUCUCCCUUAUUAACGGGGACGACAUGUUCGUGACGUUUGCGGGGAUGCAGGAGAGCAGUACUCUGGUGUGGCUGUUCAGCCAGGUUUACCUGUACAGCUUCAUAUCGCUCUUCAUCUACAUGGUUCUGUCGCUGUUUAUUGCUCUCAUCACAGGAGCCUAUGAGACCAUAAAGCACCAAACCCAAGAACCCUGCCACAUCACGGACCUACACGCCUUCAUAGCAGAGUGUACGGACGCACCAAGCUCUGGGAAGUUCAAGGGUCUGGAAACCUCGCCAUGCUCCUUCUUCUGCUGCUGUGACAGAACGACGACGUACGAAGACGUCCUGCUGGUGAACUGAGGUUGAUCUCAGUGACCUCACUAGCCUCCCCUGCUGGCCACAGGGAAACACUGCACAGACUCCUGGCGCCCUCUCCUGCUGGGUCAGGGUCAAAAGCUAAGCACUCACCUGAAAGACGAACCAGCACUCUGUACAAGGAGUAUGUACCAAAAAAACAGUCUUUUUAUUGGAACUGUGAUUUUAUUGUGUCCUCAUUGGCAUUGGUAAGAAACUGAAGGCGGAUGAAGGACAGGACCUAUCCUCUGUAGGAAGAGGAAGACUCUGCUGCAUCAUGGAAGAUUAAAGACUGCUCCUUGUUGAUAUUUUACAAAAAUCAGUAUUUUUUCUUAUGUCUAUAAUAAUGCACAAGGCUGAGCAAGGAGCAGGAACUGCUUUCAAGAAAUAGGUACAAGUGCCAUGACGGAGACUGCAGUUUUUAUUUUUGUUUUUUUCCACUAUGAUAGUAUUUCAAAAUGGGUUGCCUCUAGAGGAUAGUGCUCUCAAAAUGAGGCAUUUAUACAAAACACAUAUCCAGCAGCUUCAUCUUUUUACCAACGUACUCUAUAUUUCAAAAUAACAAUGUCCUUCAUUGCAAAAAACUACUCGGCAGACAAAACUAGAACGAGAGGAGGAAAUCCAGCCUCUACUAUUCUGCCUUUUUCUUUUUAGACAAUCAGGGAGGGCGACAGGACCACAAACAGAUGUACACAAUGAGGUUUCAGGUGUUGUAUUGACUUAAUUUGUUUGCUCUCCAGAGAGUGUCACCUACAGUAUAAAGUUUCAAACGGCUCACUCAGCUGUGGUUGAUCUGCACAGGCAUCACAUUGCCUUCGAAUGUGGACCUUUGUUUGUGUUUUUGCUGCUGCACUGGAUCACUGCGGUGGAUUAUGUUGCAUUUCUCCGAGUCAUGAUCGAUGCGACGGGAUGCACUCACUCACUAAUGAAGCACUCAGUAUUGGUUGUGGUCAGCGACUACAAGUGAAGCUGUUCUCCAGAGCCAUAUGCAUGUACUGUGUGCUUCUUUAAUGAUGCCCUAAAGUCUAGAAGUUAGACUUGUAUCGUAAAAUGGUCUUCAGAAAAAAAACUAACAAACUUGAAUUGCCUUACAGAAUGGAGCAGGCUUUAGUGUAGAUAACAAGAAGAUAUAAUGAUGGCAGCGAUCUAUUUGUAGCUCUACAAUGAUGUCUUGUCAUAGCUGCAUUAUUUGUUGUCUUCAUAAUUGUGUCUUGUCUAAAGACUGUAGUCCAGUCACUUGAGCUUUAUUGAUUGAAUAACUUUGUUUUGUCUGUGUCUUAUGUACCACAUAAAAAACGCACAAUAGUUUUGGGAGUCUCACAGUCUGGACCCCAAAAGGUUUUUUUAGGAAAAUAGUUUCUUUUAUUAAGGAGAGGUGAUCUAUGACCCAAGAAGUAACCGGUUCAUUCAAUGGAAGAUGACAGAAUCUCGUAUUCUGUCUAAUAAACAAACAGUGUCACAUUUAAAUUCAAUGUUCUUAUGGAUUUUGGAUGUGGAUGGAAAAUGUGUGCCAAACGUACCCAUGGCCUUAAGUUAUUACAAUGCAUGUAUAUUAUCUAGUAUUACCUAGAUGUACCUUUCGAAGGUAUCGCGUUUUUAUGCAAAUUGUCUGCGCUUGUACUUUAGAAAUACAAACAUGAUGUCAUCAUCUUGGUUUCAUAUGUGUUGCCAGUCUAGUAACUCAAUUUUCCGGUAAUAUUUUUUGAUAUUAAAGCUGUUUGAGGAAGACUGUAAAGAUUCUUAUAGUUUCAUUCAAAUGCAGUUCCUUUGAUUUGUCAGAAGAGGGAGCAAGUAGUUCAUGUGUCUGGAUACGAGUUUAUGCAUCAAAGUAUGAAAUAAAUGUUUAUUUUUCUGCUGAGAAUUUAAAAGAAACUAGGAAUCUUGAUUUUUGCAAAUAAACCCUUCAGCUCAAACACAGCUGUUGUGAAUCUCCUGCAUGUUUGAGUUGAGACGCUGCAGCACAGAGCUCUCAGAGGAGGGAAAUUACAAUUCAGGUUUUUUUUCCUUUUCUCCUCUUCAGAGCAGACCAAUAUGAUGAGCUCAUUUCCUGGCUAUUGAGCUUUUCAAGCGAGGCUUGGCAGCUGAUGUAGCACAUCUUUGCUUUCCACCCACUUAACCUAAUAUUGUCAUACAUUAUGUACUGCUCUGAUGGUUCACGUGGGAGUGUGUGAGAGUGAGAGGCAAAGCUGGGGUUCAUGGUUUUGUGAAUGCAUCUCAUAGAUAAUGAGAAGGUUGGACAUUUGUAGUUUCAGUGUGCUGCUGUGGUUAGGUGUGCUCUUUUGUUAAUGCCAGCUUAAUCUCAGCUAGAAUUGAAAUGUGCCCCAAUUACUCAAUUGAACUUCAGACUCUUAUAUUAACAAAGCGCUUAAGAUUUAAAAAAACAAACUCAGACCUGCAGCCAUAGUUUCCUCUUGUCUUGAAUCUUAUUCACUGAGUUUGUGUUUGGUGUGUGUCUGUCUGUUUGUCUGUGUGGCGCUUGCAGAGUGGGUCUUGUGUCGCAGGCAGUGUGUGCAGCUGUCUUCACUGCGAGAUGUUUGGGCAGAUGUGUGACCAGACAAUGCUAAAGAAACUGAUUUAAAAGAAGCCAAGUCUGUGUUUAGAUUGUCAGUGCAUCCUAAUUCGGUUUCGCCAGAGCCAGGCGCUGGGCCACACCCUUGUGUAACAACAUUACAAAGCAAUCGGAGAUGGAUGGGCAGGAUGUGAGGGGAUUUACUGGCUUUUCAAGCUCUGUGAUAUAAUGAUGAAUGCCAUUAGUGCCUAGUAUAGUCAAAUAAAAGACAAAACUACAAUGGUUUAUUGACAUACUCCUGGUAGAUCCACACCUUAGCUUCCUGUGGCCAGAAUUUCGCAUGCAUUUUUUUUUAGGUUCAGAUUAGUAAAAUGAUUUAGUGAAUAUCAGCUAAAAUUGUGUUAAACCCUGCUUUUAACUGAUGCAGCUACAGAUCUAGCCUUUAAACUGCGUAGUAACAAUGACUUUUAAGUUGAAGAAUUUUUUGAGAGUUUGGGGUUUUCCCCCUCGCUCAGGGCCCCUGGCUGACUGGAAAGGCUGACAGGCUGCGGAUGAAACGACUGUCAGAGUCAUGUACAGAGCAGGGACAGAGAGAGGCCGAGCUGAGACAUGACUCACACAUACUCUCACUCCUCGUUUGAGCCACACUGAGAACGUGUGCGCUGAAGGUUUCUGGUAAGCUUUCAUCCCCCCUCCCCCUCCCCCCCCCCCCCCCCCCCCCUCUCCCCGGGCUUGCAUGUCUCUAUUCUCUCUCCUCCUCUCUGAGUUUUACUCCAGAAAACAACAGCUGGUGUCGGACGUCUUUAACACAUUCACUCUUUCUCUCUCUGUGAGUUGCAAAAGUCUUAGUGUGUCUUCCCCCUUUUCAUUGAUUUCUAUUGUAAAGCCUGCAGCUGCAGCUCAAUGUUCAAGAAAGAAAAAAAAAAAGCAUUCAUCCUACUGCUAUUGUGGGUUUGUACCAUAGGGAAGUGGACACUGUACUAGACUAUGAGUGCAGGAAGUGAAAUUUCAAGUUUAGAGUUUAAUUCAGAUGUGCUCCCAAUUAUCCAAAUCUCAGGAGGCAGAAAAACAAUUGAUCGUAUGAAGGGGGAAGAAUAUCAUUCUUACAACUUGGUGUCUCAGAUUUCAUUUUGAGCACAGUGUGUGUGGAGUGGCACUGUUUUAUUAGAGCCCGGAACUUUCCAUAACCCCCAAGCAGAACCCCUGAGAACCCCCUGCUUGAUGAAACGGAAUUGCUUUUCCACCAGUAAUGUUAAUAUUAAAGUGCAAAAACUCAGUGUACAAGACGAGUGCCUUCUACAUGACAAGACUGCAAAGACGGGAGGAAUAUUUGUGCUUUUUUUGUAAUUGAAUGUAACUUCAGCAUGUGUCUACAGACCAGCGAAACUCAUAUACUCCCUCUUUUUGUCUUGUCAUCUGCAGCCUGAGAGACAUAUAGGGGCAUCAGUGUCAUCUCAGCUUGGGCUAGGGCAGGAAACAAUUGACAAAUGUCAGCAUUUACUGGAAAGAGAGGGUUUAAUCAUAUUAUUUAAUUAAAUGCAUUGUAGGAAAUGUAGGAUCCUGUGUUUGUGGAGCCUCAUAGAAAUAUCUCUGCCUUUUCUUCUUUUUUUGACCACUUCUACUUUUCAACUUGUGUCUUUUGAGUCGCCCAUAUUUAUGGAAGUGCAAUACAAAACAUUUUUUGGAGCACCCCUGUAAGCAGCUAUGUAUGACUCCCUGUAUGACAACUAAGCUUGAGGAUGUUUUGCUUAUCCUUAUUGAACUAAACUAUACAGGGACUCCAUAUAACUUGUUCAGCUCUGUCGUCCUUGCUUUUGUUUGUGUAGGUCUAUUCUGUGUAAGGUCACUGCGAGAGCACAGGAAACCGGAGUCAAAUUCCUUUUAUGUUUACACAUGCUUGGCCAAUAAAGCUGAUUCUGAUUCUGA